AUGUCAGCCGCCAUGAAACUCAUAGAUCAAACAAUAUUUUUACUAUUAUUUUCAUUUUAUAUUUGUGUUAAUUCCGGUAAAAUAUCCGACCUUAAACUCUGUGCUGAUGAAGAUUGUCAAGCAACUAUAAGUAAAGCUCAAGCCCUAGCAAAUUAUAAUCCAAAUGAUCCAACAUUUCUCUCUUUUAAAAGAGGUUCUGUGAUAUCCGUGAAGAGUAAAUCAGCUGGUUCCAGACCAGAUCUAUGGAGUGGUGAGAUAAAUGGAGUUCGUGGAUAUUUUCCAUAUGCAUUUGUACGUGAAUUUGAUGUUGCUCAUAGGAAAUUAGACCAUAUCGUACCUACAGAGAAACAUCUUUCACCUGGUGAAUUAGCUUUGCAAAAAAGUGAAGAUGCUAAAAAACAACAGGAAGUGACAAAAGAAGCACCUUCUGAUCAAGAAGAGAAAAAUGCGGCUACUCAAGAUGAAGUUGCUAAGCGACCAGAUACAGUUGCUGCACCUGUCAAAGAUAGCCAAAAACAUGAUACUCAAGCAAAUAUCCCGCCACCACCUUUCAAAGAAACUGGUGCAGCUCAGACUCAAGACCCUGCUACUACACAGAAACAAAAUGUUGCUGCCAAAGAAGAGGUGGCACAGCCUGCAACAACAGACCACAAACUGAAAGUAGGAGAAGGGGUUAUAAUGGGUAACAACAACCAAGAGGGAGUAGAUAAUAUGAAAGUAGCAGAAGAAGAAAUUGAUGAUACAGAGGUAGAUGUAGAGCCAGAAUCACAAACUCAGACUUCAAAAGAUGAUGUAAAAGAAAGUAUUUUACCUAAGGUUGAUGAAGGUAAGACUGAUGAUAGUGAAAUAGAUGAGACUGAACUAGAGGAUUAUGAUGAAGAUCAUGAUGACAAUAAAGAUGUGGAUGAAACUGAAGUUCCUGAUGAUGAUGACAGUUGGUCCUUUGCAAACGACAACAAGAAUAAGAAUGAAAAUGCAGCAGAUAAAAUUGAUGAAAUGUUUUCACAUCUGAAUGACAUUUCUCCUCAAAAUGUUGACAAGCAUUCUGCAGAAGGUUACUAUAAAUAG